AUGAGUUCAGACCAGGAAAUGGCCAUUUUUGGGGAGGCAGCUCCGUACCUCCGAAAGUCUGAAAAGGAGCGCAUUGAGGCCCAGAAUAGGCCCUUUGAUGCCAAGACAUCUGUCUUUGUGGCGGAGCCCAAAGAAUCCUUUGUGAAAGGGACCAUCCAGAGCAGAGAAGGAGGGAAAGUGACGGUGAAGACGGAAGCUGGAGCGACUCUGACAGUGAAAGAUGAUCAAGUCUUCCCCAUGAACCCUCCCAAGUACGACAAGAUUGAGGACAUGGCCAUGAUGACCCACCUGCACGAGCCCGCUGUGCUGUACAACCUCAAGGAGCGUUACGCAGCCUGGAUGAUCUACACCUACUCGGGCCUCUUCUGCGUCACCGUGAACCCCUACAAGUGGCUGCCGGUGUACAACCCCGAGGUGGUGGGUGCCUACCGAGGCAAGAAGCGCCAGGAGGCCCCGCCCCACAUCUUCUCCAUCUCCGACAACGCCUAUCAGUUCAUGCUGACAGACCGAGAGAAUCAGUCAAUCCUGAUCACCGGAGAAUCUGGUGCAGGGAAGACCGUGAACACCAAGCGUGUCAUCCAGUACUUUGCAACAAUUGCAGUCACUGGGGACAAGAAGAAGGAGGAAGCUACGUCUGGCAAAAUGCAGGGGACCCUUGAAGAUCAAAUCAUCAGCGCCAACCCCCUACUGGAGGCCUUUGGCAACGCCAAGACCGUGAGGAAUGACAACUCCUCUCGCUUUGGUAAAUUCAUCAGAAUCCACUUUGGCACCACAGGGAAGCUGGCUUCUGCUGAUAUUGAAACAUAUCUGCUAGAGAAGUCUAGAGUUACUUUCCAGCUUAAGGCGGAAAGGAGCUAUCAUAUUUUUUAUCAGAUCACAUCGAACAAGAAACCAGAACUAAUUGAAAUGCUUCUGAUCACCACCAACCCAUAUGACUACCCAUUUGUCAGUCAAGGGGAGAUCAGUGUGGCUAGCAUUGAUGAUCAAGAAGAGCUGAUGGCAACAGAUAGUGCUAUUGAUAUUUUGGGCUUCACUAAUGAAGAGAAAGUCUCCAUCUACAAGCUCACAGGGGCUGUGAUGCAUUAUGGGAACUUGAAGUUCAAGCAGAAGCAGCGGGAGGAGCAGGCUGAGCCAGAUGGCACUGAAGUUGCUGACAAGGCGGCCUAUCUCCAGAGUCUGAACUCUGCUGACCUGCUCAAAGCCCUCUGCUACCCCAGGGUCAAGGUCGGCAAUGAGUACGUCACCAAAGGCCAGACUGUAGAGCAGGUGACCAACGCUGUGGGCGCUCUGGCCAAAGCCAUCUACGACAAGAUGUUCCUGUGGAUGGUCACCCGCAUCAACCAGCAGCUGGACACCAAGCAGCCCAGACAGUACUUCAUCGGGGUCUUGGACAUCGCCGGCUUUGAGAUCUUUGAUUUCAACAGCCUGGAGCAGCUGUGCAUCAACUUCACCAACGAGAAGCUGCAACAGUUCUUCAACCACCACAUGUUCGUGCUGGAGCAGGAGGAGUACAAGAAGGAGGGCAUCGAGUGGACCUUCAUCGACUUCGGGAUGGACCUGGCUGCCUGCAUCGAGCUCAUCGAGAAGCCCAUGGGCAUCUUCUCUAUCCUGGAAGAGGAGUGCAUGUUCCCCAAGGCCACAGACACCUCCUUCAAGAACAAGCUAUAUGAACAGCAUCUUGGGAAGUCGGCCAACUUCCAGAAGCCCAAGGUUGUCAAAGGCAAGCCUGAGGCGCACUUCUCUCUGAUCCACUACGCCGGCACCGUGGACUACAACAUUGGUGGCUGGCUGGACAAGAACAAGGACCCCCUGAACGAGACCGUGGUCGGGCUGUACCAGAAGUCUGCAAUGAAAACUCUAGCUAACCUCUUCUCUGGGGCUCAAACUGCCGAAGCAGAGGCGAGUGGUGGUGCCAAGAAAGGUGGCAAGAAGAAGGGCUCUUCUUUCCAGACAGUGUCUGCCCUUUUCAGAGAGAAUUUGAACAAACUGAUGACCAACCUCAGGAGUACCCAUCCUCAUUUUGUGCGCUGUAUCAUCCCCAAUGAAACAAAAACUCCUGGGGCCAUGGAGCAUGAACUUGUCCUGCACCAGCUGCGGUGUAACGGUGUGCUGGAAGGGAUCCGCAUCUGCAGGAAGGGGUUCCCAAGCAGGAUCCUUUAUGCAGAUUUCAAACAGAGAUACAAGGUAUUAAAUGCAAGUGCUAUCCCCGAAGGACAGUUCAUUGACAGCAAGAAGGCUUCUGAGAAGCUCCUUGCAUCCAUCGACAUUGACCACACCCAGUAUAAAUUUGGUCACACCAAGGUCUUUUUCAAAGCUGGUCUUCUGGGGCUCCUAGAGGAGAUGCGAGAUGACAAGUUGGCCCAGCUGAUUACUAGAACCCAGGCCAGGUGCAGAGGGUUCUUGGCAAGAGUGGAGUACCAGAGGAUGGUGGAGAGAAGGGAGUCCAUCUUCUGCAUCCAGUACAACAUCCGUGCCUUCAUGAACGUCAAGCACUGGCCCUGGAUGAAACUCUUCUUCAAGAUCAAGCCUCUCCUCAAGAGCGCAGAGACCGAGAAGGAGAUGGCCACCAUGAAGGAAGAGUUUCAGAAAACCAAAGAUGAGCUCGCCAAGUCAGAGGCAAAAAGGAAGGAACUGGAGGAAAAAAUGGUCACUCUCUUAAAAGAGAAAAAUGACCUGCAGCUCCAAGUUCAGUCUCUGACCAAAGCUAAAAUCAAGCUUGAACAACAAGUAGAUGAUCUUGAAGGGUCCUUGGAGCAAGAAAAGAAACUUCGCAUGGACCUAGAAAGGGCUAAGAGGAAACUUGAAGGUGACCUCAAGUUGGCCCAAGAAUCCAUAAUGGACAUUGAAAAUGAAAAACAACAACUUGAUGAAAAGCUCAAAAAGAAAGAGUUUGAAAUGAGUAAUCUGCAAAGCAAGAUUGAAGACGAGCAAGCACUUGGCAUUCAGCUGCAGAAGAAGAUCAAAGAGCUGCAAGCCCGCAUUGAGGAGCUGGAGGAGGAAAUCGAGGCAGAGCGGGCCUCCCGGGCCAAAGCAGAGAAGCAGCGCUCUGACCUCUCCCGGGAACUGGAAGAGAUCAGCGAGCGCCUGGAGGAAGCCGGCGGGGCCACUUCCGCCCAGAUCGAGAUGAACAAGAAGCGCGAGGCUGAGUUCCAGAAAAUGCGCAGGGACCUGGAGGAGGCCACCCUACAGCACGAAGCCACGGCGGCCACCCUGAGGAAGAAGCACGCGGACAGCGUGGCCGAGCUCGGGGAGCAGAUAGACAACCUGCAGAGGGUCAAGCAGAAGCUGGAGAAGGAGAAGAGCGAGCUGAAGAUGGAGAUCGAUGACCUCACCAGUAAUGUAGAAACAGUCUCUAAAGCCAAGGGAAAUCUAGAGAAAAUGUGCCGCACUCUGGAGGACCAAGUGAGUGAGCUGAAAUCAAAGGAGGAGGAACAACAGCGGCUGAUCAAUGACCUGACGACCCAGAAAGGACGCUUGCAGACCGAAUCUGGUGAAUUUUCACGACAGCUAGAUGAGAAAGAAGCUCUGGUGUCUCAGCUAUCAAGGGGCAAACAAGCAUUUACACAACAAACUGAGGAAUUAAAGAGGCAGCUGGAAGAAGAGAUAAAGGCCAAGAACGCCCUGGCCCACGCCCUGCAGUCUUCCCGCCACGACUGUGACCUGCUGCGGGAACAGUAUGAGGAGGAGCAGGAAUCCAAGGCCGAGCUGCAGAGGGCGCUGUCCAAGGCCAACAGCGAGGUGGCCCAGUGGAGGACCAAAUACGAGACGGACGCCAUCCAGCGCACAGAGGAGCUGGAGGAGGCCAAGAAGAAGCUGGCCCAGAGGCUGCAGGCGGCCGAGGAGCACGUAGAAGCCGUGAACGCCAAAUGUGCUUCCCUCGAGAAGACAAAGCAGCGGCUCCAGAAUGAGGUGGAGGACCUCAUGCUGGACGUGGAGAGAACCAACGCGGCCUGUGCCGCCCUGGACAAGAAGCAGAGGAACUUCGACAAGAUCCUGGCAGAGUGGAAACAGAAGUAUGAGGAAACCCAGGCUGAGCUUGAGGCCUCUCAGAAGGAGGCCCGCUCUCUCAGCACUGAGCUGUUCAAGAUGAAGAAUGCCUACGAGGAAUCCUUGGAUCAGCUGGAAACUUUGAAACGAGAGAACAAAAACUUGCAGCAGGAGAUUUCUGACCUCACAGAGCAGAUUGCAGAAGGAGGGAAACAUAUCCAUGAACUGGAGAAGAUAAAGAAACAAGUGGAACAAGAGAAGUGUGAACUUCAGGCUGCUUUAGAGGAAGCAGAGGCAUCUCUUGAACAUGAAGAGGGAAAGAUCCUGCGCAUCCAGCUGGAGUUGAACCAGGUCAAGUCUGAGGUCGACAGGAAAAUUGCUGAGAAGGAUGAGGAAAUUGACCAGCUGAAGAGAAACCACAUCAGAGUGGUGGAGUCGAUGCAGACCAUGCUGGAUGCUGAGAUCAGGAGCAGGAAUGAUGCCAUCAGGCUCAAGAAGAAGAUGGAAGGAGACCUCAAUGAGAUGGAAAUCCAGCUGAACCAUGCCAACCGCAUGGCCGCAGAGGCCCUGAGGAACUACAGGAACACCCAAGGCAUCCUCAAAGACACCCAGAUCCACCUGGAUGACGCUCUCCGGGGCCAGGAGGACCUGAAGGAACAGCUGGCCAUGGUGGAGCGCAGAGCCAACCUGCUGCAGGCCGAGAUCGAGGAGCUGCGGGCCACUCUGGAGCAGACGGAGAGGAGCAGGAAAAUCGCAGAACAGGAGCUCCUGGAUGCCAGUGAGAGGGUCCAGCUCCUGCACACCCAGAAUACCAGCCUGAUCAACACCAAGAAGAAGUUGGAAACAGACAUUUCCCAAAUGCAAGGAGAAAUGGAGGACAUUAUCCAGGAAGCCCGCAACGCAGAGGAGAAGGCCAAGAAGGCCAUCACUGAUGCAGCCAUGAUGGCCGAGGAGCUGAAGAAGGAGCAGGACACCAGCGCCCACCUGGAGCGGAUGAAAAAGAACAUAGAGCAGACAGUGAAGGACCUGCAACAUCGUCUAGACGAGGCUGAGCAGCUGGCCCUGAAGGGCGGGAAGAAGCAGAUCCAGAAACUGGAGGCCAGGGUACGUGAGCUGGAAGGAGAGGUUGAGAGUGAGCAAAAGCGUAAUGCGGAAGCUGUGAAAGGUCUGCGCAAACACGAGAGAAGAGUGAAGGAACUCACUUACCAGACAGAAGAAGAUCGGAAAAAUAUUCUCAGACUUCAGGAUUUGGUAGAUAAACUUCAGGCCAAAGUGAAAUCUUACAAGAGACAAGCUGAGGAGGCUGAGGAACAAUCCAACACAAAUCUAUCCAAAUUCCGCAAGCUCCAGCACGAGCUGGAGGAGGCUGAGGAACGGGCUGACAUUGCUGAGUCCCAGGUCAACAAGCUGCGGGUGAAGAGCCGAGAGGUUCACACAAAAGUCAUAAGUGAAGAGUGA